CAUCGAUCGAUUGCGACGCCGGGCCGAACUGCGACAACUUUCUUGACAUUUCUCAAUUUUCGGGGGCUGUUCUAACCCUCCAUUCUUCCAGAUCUCUCUCUGUCUACCCCCACCCUCCCGGAUAUUUCUCCAGUCCAGCCUCGUCGCCAUCAGCCAAAAUGGUUGCCCGUCCGGCCCUCCGAAGGGCGAUUCCCUCGUCGCUCAGAUCUACCUCUUCGAAGCUCUUACACGCCGAAUCCCGGAUAUCACGGCCCUUCUCGACAACCCUCCAGUCGCAACAGAAGCCCAACAACAACAACAACUCAGUACCCGAAUAUGCCAUUCCCGAUCCUGCGCGCCCUACCCACUUCGGUUUCGAGACCGUCACCGAAGCCGAGAAGAGGGAGCGCGUAGCUGGUGUGUUUACCAGCGUUGCUGAGUCGUAUGAUCGCAUGAACGAUCUGAUGUCUUUUGGCUGGCAUCGCGUAUGGAAGGACCACUUCGUCGCCUCCCUCAACCCCGGCUUCUCCCCCCUCACUUCCUCCUCCGACCCCCGCGCCCCGCAACACAUCCUCGACAUAGCCGGCGGCACCGGCGACAUCGCCUUCCGCAUGCUUCACACGGCACACAUCCUCAACGGCAACCCAGACGUGCGCGUGACCAUCUCCGACAUCAAUCCGGCCAUGUUAUCCGUCGGCAAACAACGCUCCGCCGCCCUUCCCGCCUCGCAACAAGCCGCCCUCUCCUUCCUCGAAGCCAACGCCGAAGACCUGACGCAAACCAAGCCCCUGGGCGCCAACCAAGUCGGCUACUCCCCGACCACCGGCGUGCCGGACGAGAGCGUAGACCUCUACACGGUCGCCUUUGGCAUCCGCAACUUCUCCAACAUCCCCGCCGCCCUGCGCGAAGCCUACCGCGUGCUUAAACCCGGUGGCGUGUUCGCUUGUCUAGAAUUUAGCAAAGCGGAUGCGCACCCUUUGUUCAACACCAUCUACAAGCAGUGGAGUUUUAGCGCGAUCCCGCUGAUUGGACAGCUGGUCGCGGGCGAUAGGGAUAGUUAUCAGUAUCUGGUGGAAAGCAUCGAGAAGUUCCCGAGCCAGGAGGACUUUAGGGAUAUGAUUGUCGAUGCCGGGUUUGUGGUGGGGGGCAAGGGGUAUGAGGAUUUGACGGGCGGUGUGGCGGCGAUUCAUAAGGGGAUGAAGCCUAGGCGGAAGUAGAACUAGAGGGCGAACUGAAAGUUGGAGAGGAAAGGGGUGGUGGAUAGAUAGGGAGGGAGAGGCGGGGAGAUGGAUGGACUGCGAGGAAGAUGUUUGUUUGACCUCUGAAGAGAGGCAUCAUGGAUGGGUUUGAAGACCGGAAGACCCACCCGGUGGUUGAUACCGACCGUAACUGAAACCUGAUGAAGCGACAGGGUUAGGUUAGAGAGGGAGAAAGAAAAAGAAAAAGAAAAAAGCUGUCACUCUAUCUAUAUGAUAAUGGGGACAGCAUGUACUUUUAUCUGUACAUAUUAGACGAUGGUUCCUGGCCGUCCAACCACUCAACCCAUAUUUUGUACAAUUAUCAAAAGCAACUAAGGGGCGCCGGAAGAUGGAUGGCGAACAGAAAAGGGAUGGGUGGGUGGAGUUGACCUACGAGAUAUCUAGACCUAGACAAGGCGGAGAAAAAAAAAAAGGAGGUAAUGA